UUAGUACGCUCGAUCGUGUGUACGGGCACGUAUGCUCGUCCCGUAGCCCCGUUUCGUUCGCGGUUUUAACGAAUGUGAGCGAACAUGAGCGACAAGAGGAGGAUUCCGCCGAGGAAACGGCAUAUUGAGUUGUCGACCAGAUCCCGGGAUUCCAGGGAGAUUGGAGAGCCCAGGGAGUCGGUUAGGCAACCUAGGGAGACCAGGACCAGGGAACCUAGGGAUGUUAGGGAUACGAGGGAGUCCAGGGAGUCUAAGGAGUUUGUCAGAGAGUCGAGGGAGCCUAAGGACUUUGUGAGAGAGUCCAGAGAGCCCAAAGAGUUUGCAAACGUGAGAGAAUCCAGGGAACCUUUUGGAAAUAUGAGGGAGUCCAAGGAGACCAUCAGGGAAGCUAGGCAACUCAGGGAGAGUCCAGAAUUCACCAAAGAACCCAGGGAACCCACCAGGCCUCCCAGGACCAGGGCAUCGAAUGGAACCGUCGAACGAAACGUGAAUCGUGCCGAAAAAGUACCGAUGACGACCCUCGAUGAGAACGUGAACCGUGUCCCACGGCUGUACACAAACGAAUCAGCGGACUUGGGUUGGCGAAGGAGAAUAGAACUCGUCUCGAUGAAGGACGACAUCACAUCGGAAAACACAUCGGAAACGAAAUCGGAAAAUAUACCAGAAUCAGGAAAACCUGUGGCAAUUGUACUUGCCCAUCCGGACCACACGUUCGAAUUGAACGAAAAUGCCCUGGCAGAAAUUCUCCUUCAGAAUGAUAUUAAGGACAGAAGCGUGGUUGUUGUAUCGGUAGCAGGAGCCUUCAGAAAAGGAAAAAGCUUCCUGCUCGACUUUUUCCUUCGAUACAUGAAUAACAAGUACGAUAAGAACAACCACACCGACUCCUGGUUGGGCAACGACGACGAGCCCCUGAAGGGAUUCUCAUGGAAAGGUGGUUCCGAGCGAGACACGACAGGGAUAUUAAUGUGGUCGAAGGUGUUUCGCGGUACUCUGCCAGACGGUGAAAGGGUAGCAGUGAUCCUGAUGGACACCCAAGGUGCUUUCGAUAGCCAGUCAACGGUGAAAGAUUGCGCGACCGUGUUUGCCUUAAGUACAAUGUUGUCGUCCGUGCAGAUUUAUAAUCUGUCGCAGAACAUCCAAGAGGAUGAUCUUCAACACUUGCAACUGUUCACCGAGUACGGUAGACUCGCGUUAGAGACUUCCGGCCGUAAGCCGUUUCAGAAGCUGCAAUUCUUAGUGAGAGACUGGAGUUAUCCGUACGAGGCGAAAUACGGUGCCGAGGGUGGUAAUCAGAUACUGCAGAGGCGAUUGGAAAUUUCUGAUAGCCAACACCCGGAACUACGUAGUCUAAGAAAGCAUAUCAGAUCUUGCUUCUCGGAUAUAUCUUGCUUCCUGAUGCCACAUCCGGGACUGAACAUUGCCACCAACCCUCACUUCGACGGUAGAUUGUCGGAGAUCCAGCCGGAAUUUAAGCAACAGCUCAAAGUAUUGAUACCGAUGCUGUUGGCGCCGGAGAAUUUAGUCACGAAGAAAAUCGACGGGCAGGUCGUUAAAGCCAAGGAUCUUUUGGAGUACUUUAAAAGUUAUAUGAAGAUCUAUCGAGGAAACGAGCUCCCUGAACCGAAAAGCAUGUUAGUGGCGACAGCGGAGGCAAACAACUUAGCCGCAGUAACGGAAGCCAAGGAAUUAUAUAUGCGAUCAAUGGAAGAUGUUUGCGGAGGAAAGAAACCAUACGUGGCUACGGUGUAUCUCGAAACGGAACAUCAGCGUUGCGUUGACAAGGCCAUUAACAUGUUUCAGAAUAAAAGAAAAAUGGGCGGUGAUGAGUUUAGCCAAAUGUAUAUGCGCAGAUUGAGGAAGGAUAUGGAGACAGCUUUCGACCAAUUUAAGUCUCAGAAUGAAAGUAAAAAUGUUUUCAAAUCAGCACGAUCUGCGGCGGUUUAUUUCAUUAUUGUUAUCGUUGCGUACCUUUCAUCUGCGUUGUUUGCUUUCACGGGUUUAUACACGAUGGCGAAUAUAUGCGGCUGCGUCGUUUGGAUUUGUAUAGUGACGCUUAUUGUAUGGGCAUACAUUAGAUAUAGCGGUAAUUAUGGACAAAUGGGUGGUUUAAUAGAUGAUGUGGCUAAUAUUAUCUGGAAUAACGUGACGAUGGCAGGGGAUGCAUUUAUUGUACUUCUAUUUGUUAUAGCUAUUGCUACAUCAGUGUAUUCGCAAUAUUCAGCAUCUAAUUACAUUUCUUCUUCUUCACCACCUUCUCCCUUCCAUCCUCUUGCUACUUGUAAACAAACAUUCUACCGUUUUUUAGAAACCUUAUAUUCCCUGCAAAAGAUUAGUUUUGAUAUAUUUUCUAGCCUGUAUAAUUUGUUCAAUUACUAUAAAUGAUUUUACGCAUAGCUCAAUUCUUAACGCAUAUCUAUUUUUUAUUUUUUGUACGUUCGUUUUUCUAUUGUUUAAGAUUAUCAUUUUCGAUUAUAUCAAUUCGACCUUUAUUUUUUGUUUUUAUUGUAAGCUGAAUAUUAACUGGAGUAAAUAUGCAAGAGGUAUGAGUUUACACAUAGUUCAAAUAUAUAUAACUUGUAACUUUCAUUUCUUACAUAUUUCAAUAUUCAAGACAUUUUAUUAUGCAUAUUCAGAAAAUUAGUACAAUGAUACGUAUUUGUAAUUGAACAGAGCAAUUGCCAUCCUCAGUCUUCAUGCUGUUUCAUAUUUAUGUUGUGUUAAUUUAUAUACACCUAUUUUUUUUUCUUACGAUAAUACUGAAUGUUA